AAUCACCGAUUGUUAGACGCAUCCUUUUCUUGAGCAAUCCUACUGAAAACGAUAACUACGAUGCUAAGACAGUGUCGCAUUAUAUCAAACGACUUGAUAAAAUCAAACCUAGCGACAUGGAUGAAUAUAUUAUCGAUUUUCUUGCUGAUGAUCGGUUUAAUUGGCAACCGGAUCAGGAGAACCUACGUGGAAAAGUGGAGAAUUUUAGGAAUAAUCUAAUCAAGUUUAGCAAAUGGCAUAAUUAUAUUGAAGCAUACAUAAAAGUUGCAGAACCAGUUUUGCUACGCAAUGAGAACAUAGAACCUGAAAUAAAUUUUGAUGAAAGUGAAGUAAUUAAUGCGCUUGAUGAAUUUAUGUAUGAAGGCAACGAAGUAUAG